CGAGAUCUAAACACAUAAUAACAAGAUAAAUCUUUAGAUCCAAAUAGUUCUGUAAUCAUUUAUGUCUGUCAAAUAAUUCAUAGUAUUUGCCUAAUCUUAUACAAGACUCAAUAAUUGGGUACUUCUGUUUUUUCUCCUAAUUAACUUCCCAAGAAUAUUGAAUUAAAGGCCUCUACUUUAUUACAUUUUAUUUUAAAAAAAAAACAAACUUUGUUUUGUUCUAUUUAGCUUUCGGGAAAGACAAAAAUGAUACUCCCAACUUUUUAUCGGUUUGACACAGGGAAACGAGACAACAUAAAGACGUAUCGCGAUCGAGUGGCAAGAGUGAAGAGCAGGUUGCGGUGCAAGAGAAGAGAGGAGUAAGCGGACCGAGAACGAAGAGGAGGUAUGUUUCUUCUUCUCUCUGAUGAUUGCUGUGUGAUCUCAACAACUACUUUGUUUUGAUCCGAAUCUCCAACAGAAUGGACCUCUCUCCAUUCAAGCAAGACAUUGAUGACCUCAUCCAUGAGUUUUCUGAGGGUGAAUCAUUAGAACUGGCUGCCAUGAAGAAGGUUUGGCUUUCCAGAAAGUUUUCUUACAUCUAUGAGGCUCGUCCUUCUGCUAACUUGGCCUUCUUUAUGCAGUCAUUGUAUGCUCAUGCAAUUGGUCACAUGGUUUGUGAUGCUUCUUUGUCUCACAGACUGGGAGGGCUCUAUUGCCUAUACUGCCUUCAUGAGACUCAACCGUUCAAACCACCUUUCAGAAUUUAUCUCUCUCUUGGAAAGCUGAUGAAGCUAAAAGAUCUUGUUGUUGAGGCAAAGGAUAAGGAUAUAAAGGUAGUAGCUGCUGUGGUCAAAAGGAUGCUAGAGAAAAACAUGUUUUUGUUUGGGUCUGUGGAAAUGAUUGAAGGUUCUGUUGCUGAGACACUUAACCAACUGACGGAGUUACAGAAUGCUCGCGUGCAAGUUGCGUAUGAGAAGUUAUUCAGUGAUGGAAAAAUUGAUGACUUCCUUCACUUGGACCUGGGUACAGAAUUUGAUGUGGCUGAGAUGAACAAAUUGUCUACAGAAUAUGCUCAGGCCAAGAAAGGAGCAAUUGAAGGGGCUAGCAAGGUAGUGGAUGUUCAGAAUAUAAAACACAUAUCAAUAGACAAGCAAUUGAUGAGUCACGAAGUGGAGAAAAUAGCUGAGAACUGGAAUGUCCAGAAAGAAGCGUUUUAUCGACAAACGGGACUGACACAGGAGCUUACGGACCCAGAACAAGAACAGAUGGAAGAGCAAGACCAUGAUGACUUCGAUGAACUGGAACAGCUACUGCUUGAAUCUUAACUAUAAGCACAAACAAGACUCUCACGUUGUUGAUGCUAAUCCUCCUUGGAAGGAAGUUUUGCUUCGUUCUGGUGGUAGCAUUUUCUUGAGUGUUCUCGUGAUAAUUUAUUAACUUUGAACGAUAAUCAUUAAACAUUACGUGUAAGCAAAUAAUUAUACAAUAUUAGUUAUUCGCUACAAAAAUUACUACACGUGGUGCCCCGGAAGCACGGUAGAAUUUUCUGUAAUGUAUAUUUUGGUUUAUCCCCAUUACUCCAUGAUAUAUUGAAGAUUUUGUUUUAUGUUAGUCAAA